AUGAUGGUUGCAUCGAAGUAUAUUCAUCUCCCGCGAUUUAGAACAAUACAAUCUCCAAAUGACGAUAUUGAAAUGGUAACGAACCGUAUCCCUUUAGAAAAUGGAACAACUAAUGCUGAAUCCACAACUUACUAUCAGGUAAACAAGUACAUCAUUGCCACCGUUAUAUGCUGUGGGUUUGCUGGUAUAGCAAGUGAAUUGUUUCAAAAGAUAGCUUCACAUAACAAGAGAAGUUUCGAUGUCUAUGACAUCUAUUUUGAUAUGAUGGGAAGCGGAUGUGGAAUAAUUGCGGCUUACCUCCAUGAAAGUUAUAGCAACAGAAUUUCUAUCGAGGGAUGA